AUGCAUUUCAUCAAUACCUUGAUGGCAGAUGUUGAGCUUUUUUUGUUGCCUACUAAGAGCGUAGCCCCAAUUCGAAACGAUGGCUAUAAGCUUUGGAGACUAUUGUUCCAGCUUUCAUUCUCUGAUGACUCACCGGCUUCACUGGCCGUCCUACGAGCAAUGCUGUCUGUGGCAUCAUUAUAUCGCUAUGGCCAUGGUGAGGAGCCCCUUCGGCUAAAGACUUUAGCACUGGAGUCUUUACACACAUCCAUGAGCGGGCACGCUACGGGGACAACAGAGAUCUACCAGCAUGCUGCCGUGGAGAGCUCUUUUCAAUGGCCGUUAUACGUGUCCGGAGCUAAAAGCAUGCUCCAUUUGAUUUGCGAUGGCGGACACUCCAAGCUAAUGGAAGCUGACCUUCUUAUACUUUGGGUGCAUUACCAUGAUACACUGGGCAAGUUUACCUCUAGACAUUGGAGGGUCCAGUCUGCGGAAAGUGCGUCAAUCUUCAAGAUACCGGGCAUGACUUCCACUUUGGCUUCUGUAGCGCAUGACCAGGUAUGCCUCGAUAUUUCUCCCACUGUUGGAUUUGGUGCUGAUAGCAGUGGUAGGUUUUAG